AUGCUGAACGUUCAUCGCGGCCAUAUUUUCGUUCAUGUCGUCUCUGACCUUGGCCACCUCAUCCUUGGCGGCGUCUCUCUCAUUGAUGGCCUGAUCCCUCUGUGCCUGGACCUCAUUGUAAAGCCUGGUGAACUUAGCAAAACCGCGGUCCAACUCCUCCUUGGUCUUCGAAGCCUGCGCAACGGCCGUAUCCCUCUCCUUCUGCACUUCGGCGUACUUGCGGGUGAAGUUGGUUUUGCUGGUCUCAAGUCUCUUCUCCAAGCUGGCUACCUCGGCGAGAGCCGCGUCUCUCUCCUUCUUCAGCUGGGCAAUCUCCUGGUUGAGGUUGCCGGUAUUGGAGGUCUUGAGCGCCUCUCUGGCCUCGUCUCUCUCCUUGCACACCUCGUUGUACCGCUUGAUAGCACCGACGCGUCCAUUCUGGUACGCCUUCUCGCUCUGGGUGACCUUCUCGAGUGCAGCCUCCUUUUCCUUCUUCAAGGUGUCCCUCUCCUUCGACACCUCGUUAUACUUCCUGGUGAAGUUGGCACGUCCGGCCAGGAGAGCCUUGUCGCUCUCAGCGGCCUUCUGGAGCGCAGCGUCCUUCUCGCCUCUCACCUUGGCCAAUUGACCCUUCAACCGAGCCACUUCACCCUUGCAGGUGGUCGAGGCGGUCUCUUUACCGACCUCGGAGGCCUCAAGCUUGGUUCUGAAGACCUCGAGCUCCUGCCAAGCCAACGAUUAGUAACUUUGUGUGAAUUGGGGAGAGAAUUUUCCGACGAGUCGUGUCAACGUACCAUGUUCAAAAGCGCGCUGCGCCGGAGCUCCACAUCAAGGCUAGCCUCCGCACUGGACAGUUGA